AAGGAGAAAGGUACUGACGAGCUAACAGAACCGCGGUCUUGGGGAGCACCUAAGACCUGCAGUCUUGGGAUGUUCUAGCGGCUCCAGAGCUAAGGAGGCGUAGUGCGCCGUCUAGCCUCUUCCAUAGCAAAUCUGGCAGGGUUAAGUUAUUGAUCGCUCCCUACAGUCGCACGAGUGUUAUUAUUCUUCGCCAGUCGAACGGAUCUAUCGCUUGCCGUCGCAAUGGUGGCAUCUGACGGCUUGGCUUUGCCAGCGCAGACAGCGCAGUCGCACAUUCCACUCGCGACAGGGUUAGCGGCCGAUGCUGGCGCAACAACUGGCGCAUCGUCCAUCGAUGAGCGAUACCUCGAGUCGCAGGCUCGUCGCUGGCUGUCGCAGACUUUAUCGCGAUCGCUUCCCGCCGAUAAGUCGCUGAGCGAUCUGCUGGGGGAUGGCGAAAUACUGCUCGAGCUCGCGUGUUUGGUGCAGCAGCUACUCUCGCCUGACCCCUCCGCCGCUGCCGGCGCCCCCCUGACUCUGGACUUCGACGCUGCUCCGCCUGCAAACCCCCCUGCGCCAUCCGCUGCUGCUCCCGCCGCCUCUGGCGAGAGAGGCGGCGGCGGCGGAAGUGGUGGUGCCCGCAAGAGCAGCCCAAGCGGAAGCUCCAGUGAGGAGAGCGAGAGAGAGGGGGGCUUUAAGCGCGCGUACUGGCACGCGUGCACCAACGUGGAGCGGUUCCUCAAGGUGUGUCGCCACGUGGGCCUCAAGGACGUGUCGCUGUUCACCUCGCCCGACCUCAUGGACCGCAGGGACGUUCGGCGCGUGUGCCUCUGCCUGCGCACGCUGUCGAAACGGCUUGUAGGGAUCAGGGACUUCGACGGCAUUCUAGUGACGGCCUCCUCUUCUGCUCGCCAGAGACUCAUCUCCUCCUCUUCCUCCUUCGGCCCCUCCUCCUCCUUCUCUCACUCAUCCUUCCCAGACGCUUGUGCUCCCCCCUCAUCUCUUGCCCCUCCUGCUCGCCUUGCCCGCUCUGCUACCACCGCUCCUUCUUCCGCCGCCCUUCCUUCUGCUGCCCGUCCGUCCACCGCCUUUCCUUCAUGCCCUGUUCCUUCCGAGCCGUCCGUGCCUGCUGCUGACGUCUCCACUCUCAUAGCCACCACCACUCUUCCAACCGCCACUGCUACUGCUGCUGCUGUUGGUGCUGUUGGUUCUGGCACAGAGUCACCAAAAUUAGGGGCGGCAGAUCCAGGCACGGCGGGUUCAAGGGCAGCAGACUCAGGGGCGGCGGAUUCAAAGGCGGCAGACUCAGGGGCGGCAGACUCAGGGGCGGCAGAUACAGAGGUGCUUUCAAGCAGCAUCAAAGAACCAGGUGUUUUCUCAGGUAGGGAGAGUGGCGUGCGGGGCAGCAGUGCUGCAGGUGCUGCUGAUGCUGCUGCUGCUGCUGCUGCUCCUGCUGCUGCAGGCGGUGCAGGUGCUGCAGGUGUAGCUUCGCAGACACAUGGCAUUCCAGCCCGGAAUGCACCCGCGUGGUUUGGGCUGAACGAGGAGGAGAAGCAGAGCAUGGUGGGUGACAUGCCUGCUGGCCUGCCAUCACUCCGCGUGCAUAGGGGACGACCGGGGGAGAAUAGGCAGAGAGCUCAGCAGCCCGAGAAGCCACAACAGCAGCAGCAGCGGCGUCGGCAGCAGCAGGAGGAGGAGGGUAGUGGCCUCACCUCAGCAGCGGCAGUGCCAGCAUCAUCAUCAGCAGCAGCAGGAGAUGGUGUAGGUGUGCGAUCACACUAUUGGAGGGCCGUCCGGGCGGAGGCACUGCAUGGGGGCCAUGAGCAGCGGUAUCAGCAUCAGCAUGAGAAUCACACUCAGUACCAGAGUCAGCAUCAGCAUCCGCAUGAGAAUGAGCAUCGGUACCAUGGUGUUGGGAAGGAGGCCGUGAGCAAUCAUCUCCCAAGGAGUGCGGCGGCUGCAAGAGCUGCUCUGGAGGACGUCUCGCCUCGCCUGCUUCCUCCCGACCCCACGUCCCUCACUCCGGUGCUUCCCGACCACCUAGCCAGUCCGCGCAGGCUGCACGCACCUCUCUCCCGCACUCACUCCAACGCCUCCUCCGCCUCUGUCCUUAGCUCCUCAGCCGUUACUGUCUCCCUUCACAGUACUCACACCCACCACAGUCACACACACCAUAGUCACGCUCGCAGCAGCCACCGCAGCCAGAGCCACGGGCUGGGGCUGGUGGGCGAGGGAGGGGCGGAGGGUGAGCAGAGGCGGCGAGGGGCGUGGGACCUGGUGGCCGCGGCCGGCGCUGUGGCGCUGGUGGGUGGGGCGAUGGUGCUCGCGAAUAGGACCAACAGACGCACCAGGGAAGAGCGGCAGAGGCGAGCGUUGCAGUAUGAGAGGGCGAGUUUCACAGACCACUCGGCCCAACGACCCCAUUUGAACAUGGGCUUUGGUGGCGUGUUUGAGCUCAACUUUGGGGACUCGCCUGUUGCCGCUUCUAGUGAAGCACAGGGUGACGCGGGCGAGAGGCAGAAUGGGAGCGAGGGGGAGGGGGGGCGGGCUGAACCCAGCAGAUCUCAGACGCGGCGCCCCUGGUUCCUGACCCUCGGCUCUCGCCACAAGCCAGCAGAGCAAGCAAGCAGCAGCGGUAGCAGCAGUGCCAGUGGCAGUGGUGGUGGGUGGAGGAGGAGCAAGCCGAUGCCGCGGUGGCAGCGGGCAGAGCUGGUUCUGAGGCAGCAGAGGGAGAUGGUGAUUCGGCGACUGCAUGGGGACAGGCGCAGCAUGGCAGAGAUAUGUCGACUGGAUGAGGAGAAGUAUUCGGACCUCUGCCGCGACUUCACAGCCUUGCAAAGGGGUGAAGAGGCCAAUGACGGGGGGGCGGAGGGGGGCGUGUACGAGGUGCAGGAGGGCGACACACUGAGCACCAUUGCGGACCGGUUCCGGCGCAGCGUGGGCGAGGUGAUGCGGCGCAACCCCCACAUCAACGAUCCAGACGCCAUCUACCCGCGGGAUCGGCUGGUGCUGUGACGACGCUGAGGACGGAGGGGAGGAGAGGAGGAGAGGGGAAGGUAGACUGGAAGGGGAGAGACGGGGGGGCAGCGUGGGCGAGGUGAUGCGGCGCAACCCCCACAUCAACGAUCCAGACGCCAUCUACCCGCGGGAUCGGCUGGUGCUGUGACGACGCUGAGGACGGAGGGGAGGAGAGGAGGAGAGGGGAAGGUAGACUGGAAGGGGAGAGACGGGGGGGCAGCGUGGGCGAGGUGAUGCGGCGCAACCCCCACAUCAACGAUCCAGACGCCAUCUACCCGCGGGAUCGGCUGGUGCUGUGACGACGCUGAGGACGGAGGGGAGGAGAGGAGGAGAGGGGAAGGUAGACUGGAAGGGGAGAGACGGGGGGGCAGCGUGGGCGAGGUGAUGCGGCGCAACCCCCACAUCAAGGAUCCAGAUGCCAUCUACCCGCGGGAUCAGCUGGUGUUGUGACGGGAUGAGGAGGGGAGAGCGUACGAGGUGCGGGAGGGCGACACGCUGAGCACCGGUUCAUUGCGGACCGGUUCAGGCGCAGCCUGGGGGAGGUCGUGCGGCGCACCGCGUUUGAGUCCACUCAAAAGCAUAUUUGUGAACCAGAUGCCAUCUAUCCCCGAGACCGGGUGGUGCAGUAACGUAUGAGAGCAGGGAGGGCAGGAUCGGAGGGGAGGGCAUGCUGAGGAGGAGGGUAGAGCGUAUGAGGUGUGGCAGGAGGGCGUGUGUGAGGUGUGGGAGGGGGACAUGCUGAGGGUCGUUGCCAACCGGUCCCGGCGCACUGUGUGGGGGGAGGUCAUGCAGCCCAACCCUCACAUUUGCGAUCCCGAUGCCAUCUACCCGCAGUAUCGGUUGAUCCUGUGACGCUGUUUGAAGGCAGAUUGGGGGGGCAGGAGACGGGCACAUUUCGAAACUUUUGAGUUGACUCGUUGACUCAGAAGACGCACGAGGCAGCAUCAGGCGUGUGCGCAUUCUGCGUUACUAGGUGAGGGACAUGCUGCUUGGUGGUGUGGCAGUGCCGCAUGCUGCUUGAUGUAUAGAGGCUGGCCCUGUCUGACUGGUAAGGAUGAAGUAUGUGCGUGCGUGUGGUGUGGUUGCUUCUUCACUGCUUGCACAGGUUGUUGGGAAAGAGGAGGACCCCUGGUUCCAACUUCCAAGGUCACUGGCGUGUUCUAAAACUAUCAUACUGGCAAGCAAAGCAACGCAGAAUCUGCCACCAAAUAUCCACUUAAGCCUUAGAAAAUAUCCAUGGUUACUGGAAUUGCAUGCCAACCAGAUAAGGUACCGGUACCGUACCUUUGCAGCUAUCCGGUGUUGUCAUGAAUUACCAAGUUACCAGCUCGAUGUGUCCCUUUGUAGCUCGAUGUGUCCCUUCGCAACUCGAUGUGUCCCUGGCUGGCACUCAUGGAUGUGAUACUAGGUACUAGUUAGCAGUCAGACGGACACUGAGAUGUACAUUUAUUGUGUCAAUGGAUGUGUUCCUA